AUGGACGUCACGCCUGUGGUUGCAAGGGAGAUUGUUCGCCGUUUUGGCAAACUGACGGCUGGAGGUUCUUCCAUGUCCCUCACGACGGAGCUCGCCUCUUUUGUCCUGCGCUUGCAGUUGCGCAACUCCCCCUUCCGUGACGCGAAGGGCGAUGUCGAGAUGACGCCGGAAGCAAUCGAAACCAUGGUGGAAGAUGUUGCAAAUUUUCUCGUUACCUGUUCGGAGGAUUUGAUGGCGACCCUCUCACUCCAGUGCCGAACACUAUCACUCCCCACGAAGUUGAAGGCCAAGCGUCAUAAAGAGCGGGUGAAGUUUGAGACAGUCACGUUGAAGCUCCUUACCUCUCUGUGUGAUAAUUCGGAGCGUUUGCCGGAGGAGCUUCUAGGUGAAAUGACAUUCUUUAUUUUGCACUGUUAUGGGCAAGCGGAAGAGAGUCAGUCGAAUCUUCCGGCGCGGAAGGAGACGGCGUUGGUGCUCACCGCGGUGCUCCCCAAAUCGCAAGUCCCCGCGUUUGCGAGUCAGCCACCUGAAGAGAAAAAACGACAACUUCAGGAACUUCGUCGCAUCGUGUGGGGUAUACGGCUUCAUAACGUGGCCUGCGGUAAGAGUGUUGGCACAGGCAUCACUCCACCAAGGGAUAAAGCAGAGUUACUGAUGUCAUCUCUGCGGGAACAUAUAGAAAAAGAACUAGAGGAGGCCAUUUCAGCGUGCGCCAGGUACGUGGCUGUGCUGCGCUCCCCCUCAACGCCUGUUGAAGGAUCGAUGCGUGAGGCGAUCUGUGCAGAGUAUCACCGACAACUUCAGUUAUUGUUAAACAUACGUAUGGCCAAGCAACAGCUAGAUACCCUUAACAACCAAAUAUUUGGUGAGUUGCUUCCAUCAUACGAAGCGGCGUUGGAAGCUGUUAAAGACGUUCUUGGCACAAGGUCCAUGCGUUCUGAUGGAGUUUCUCUACGGAAGAAUGUUUCAAAAGCUACGGUGUACCCCAAGUUUAUCGAGCUUGCUGAAGUGUAUGAGGAGGCGCAGCGCAGUUUUCAAUCAUUUGAAGAUAUCAAGGCCCUGAUGACUCUCUCUCUCUCACUAGGCAAGGUGUCAAAUUCGUCGCUUCCACCUACACUUUUACAGGAGGCUAUCAACCUUGAAAAAGAGGACGGUCCGGCGGAUCGAUGCUCCACAGAGGCACGGUUCGAAUCUAUUGUAACUGCCUCUUUACCCACCAAAUUAGACAGAGUUUUUUACGCUCGAGACGCUGAGACACUGCGCGCUCGCUCUGCAGUCUGUGCUUUGAAUGGCAUGUGCCCUGUAACUCUUCUAGAGGACGGUCUCUGUGUCGAGGGCCGUGUAGGUUCUAGGGACCCCGCUUUCCCGGGAUUCGUAAUGCGUUCCGAGGUAGAUAACGAGAGGGUGGAGUGGUACGCAUUUCAAACAGCCUCAAAGUUGUUAAGGUUCGCAGCCUCAUCCCAACGAUUUGUUGACCACGCAAAGACCUUAGUGAAGUCUAACAUGGUGAUGGUUGGGUUGUUUGGUUUGGUGGAUCUUUUGCCGCGUGAGCUGUACAUUGAGGGCACGCGUCGAUAUGAGCAUCAACAGGAGGAAGCACUAGCUGCUCGCCAGACCGUUAGCACGCAGACCGGCCAGAUUGAUUCUUACAUUGACCGCAACUACCGUUGGAAUGAAUGGGAUCUACGGCGGCAGGCGCUGAAACUUGUGAAUCUGCUUGACAUGCGGACUCACUCAACCCAAACGAUUGCCUCCCACUUCAGGAGGGAUAACGCGACGCAGUGUAGGCCGCCCAGAGACGACUCAACGCAGACAAUGCAAGAUAUCGCCGUGCAACCCCCAAGGACGGUACAGUACUUAAAGGGGCUUCGUGGCACCAAAACAUCAGCAAUCGAGACGGUACAGAAGACCUUCCUGUAUUAA